UAAAUGGUUAAGCUGGCACCAACUCCUCACAUUGCUCUGAAUUUUCUGCAUCAUAUUGCACACAGAGAUCGUGAUCGAAAAUGGCGACGUUGAAGGUUCCUGCACAACUUCCUUCUCCAUUGGAAGACAGUGAGCAAUUGCGAAAAGCUUUUCAAGGGUGGGGAACGAAUGAAGGAUUGAUAAUAUCAAUCCUGGGUCACAGAAACGCGGCUCAGCGUAAGUUGAUUCGUGAAGCUUAUAGUACAACCCAUGGAGAAGAUCUUCUUAAAGAUUUAGACAAAGAACUUUCAAGUGACUUUGAGCGGGCUGUGAUGGUUUGGACAUUGGAUCCUUCUGAGCGUGAUGCCUUUUUAGCAAAUGAAGCCACUAAGAUGUUGACUUCAAACAAUUGGGUCAUUUUGGAAAUUGCUUCCACUAGAUCUUCACUUGACCUCCUAAAGGCAAAACAAGCAUAUCAAGCCCGUUUCAAAAAGUCCCUUGAAGAAGACGUUGCCUAUCAUACUAAAGGGGACAUCCGCAAGCUAUUGGUUCCUCUUGUGAGCACAUUCCGUUAUGAGGGGGAUGAGGUGAACAUGACAUUGGCAAAAUCUGAGGCUAAACUGCUUCACCAGAAGAUUGCAGAGAAGGCCUACAACGACGAGGACCUGAUCAGGAUUUUGUCAACAAGGAGUAAAGCACAGUUAACAGCAACACUAAAUCAGUACAACAAUGAGUUCGGGAAUGCCAUAAACAAGGAUCUGAAAACUGAUCCAAAAGAUGAAUAUCUGCAAUUAUUGAGGGCAGCCAUUAAGUGCUUGACUUACCCUGAGAAAUAUUUUGCAAAAGUCUUGAGGCUGGCUAUAAACAAGCUAGGAACUGAUGAAGGGGCCCUUACUAGAGUGGUGACAACCAGAGCUGAGGUUGAUUUACAGCGAAUUGCUGAGGAAUACCAAAGAAGAAACAGCAUUCCUCUGGACCGCGCAAUAGCCAGUGACACUUCUGGAGACUAUCAGAGCAUUCUCCUUGCACUGGUUGGACAUGAGGAUUAAGUUUUCUUUCUUAAUCUGUUCAGUUGUCAUGGGAUUGCUUGUUUGGCUAUUUGCUUUUCCUCUUAUCAUGAGUGAUAUUGCUAUGGAUCUCUGGACAGAGGAAUUCAGUGGCUUGCUGUUAACGCUGCUUAUGAGGGGUAUAAAUUAUCAUGCUGUUUCAGAAUAAUAUGUUUUGAAUGUUGAAAAUUCAAGAUAUAGCACUUCACAUCUUUAUUAAGGAUCAAUUAUAUGUUUUAGAAUAAUAAAAUAUUUGCUGCGUCUUUUACUACUGUUAUUAA